UUCUGUGCUGCCGGUUAUAACUUUUCACAUGAAUUAAUACAAAAGCUAACUUUCUAUUGAUUUUAGUGUCUUAUUCAUUUUUAAAUAAUAUUAUAUCAUGUCAGACCCAGAUAAUAUUGACAAUAAUGCAAUUGAAGAUGCAAAUAAAUAUGUGGAAAAUGGUACAAAUAAACUUAUCGUUAAAUGUAAAUUUUGCGGUUCUAAAAUAUUGGAUAAAAAGUCCGGGAAAUACAUGAAACAAGAGAAAGAUCUACCUCUAAUGCAACAAGACACAAGAAAAGACGCGGGCAUUCAGAACGAAAAAGUUAAUGAAUUCUACCACGUUGAAAAUAUGUAUACUUUUGAAAACAUAGGCUUUACGCACACUGUGGAUAAUUACAAGUAUUUAAGCUGUGCAGAUUGUGACGCUGGUCCCGUUGGAUACUAUGACAUGAACACUAAGCAUAGUUAUGUUGCAUUAUCUAGGGUAAAUCAUGAAUAAGAUAGUGUAUGACAAUUAAUUUAUCGAUAUUUGCUUAUAAUUCUUUAAGAAAAAAAUAUAAUAUGAUUGGAUACUGUACAGAUUAUAUAUUGCAUGUAUUCUAAAUUACAACUAAAAAAAAUAUAUUUUCAAAAAAUAUAAAUGUUGAACUAUGGGUAAUAUUUAAUUUGUAUUUAUAUAAUUUAGCAAAUACUUCAUAAUAGUAGUUUUGCUACUAUAUUUUUUUAAUAUUUUUGCUCAUUUGUCAUUCCAAAACAUAUAAAACACUUUUUAUACAAUCUAAGAAUGAUAUAAGAUGAAAUGUUAUUUAUAGAUCCUAUCUUAUGC